CCCCCUCCCACGCAACCACAUCUCUCCCUUCCUUGGAUCCCUCCUCGAUCUCUGCUCUCUCUCUGGUGCCAAGAUGAAGUGGUCCCUUUUCGCCGCUGCGCUAUACCUGGCGUGUUCCACAGCGAGCGAAACGAGCCACUCUGACCAUGACUCGCACACGGACCACGACUCGCACUCCUCCGACGGGCACUUCGAGGCUGCUGCUGUUUACUCCUUGGAGGAGGCAGGCACCCACUCCGUCAUCGCCGUGCCGGGGGAGGCCUUCGAGGGCACUCUUGCCUUCAUGCUCGUGCCUGCUGCUUCUGCUGACGAUGAGGGCCUCGAAGGGGCGGAGGAAGAUGCCGAGGCUGCGUGGGACGCGUUCAUGGACGGCGAAGAAGACGCGACCGUUCUAGCCUUCGGUGAGACUGCCAUCCCGGACGCGACCGUAGUGUACCAGACCACCCUCGACGAGUCCAUCGUUGUGGUGCCGGCCGAGGUUACGGACGCGGGAGCCUACGCCCUGCUGCUCGAGCACGGCGGCGGGGAGGUGAGUACGGCUCUCGUCUCCCCGUCGGGUACGGCGGUGGCUGCCUCCGUGAGCGAGGGGAUGGAGGAGGAGGAGGAGGAGGAGGAGGAGGAGGAGGAGGAGGAGGAGGGAGACACGGUGUCCGGAGCAAAGUGGGCACAAGCUAUGGUUGCGACAUGCAUCGCCUGCUUCGCCAGCUUCGCGGGUAUUUUCCUGCUCAUCAGCAAGCGCAUCGCGAACGGCAUCGACCUCUCGCACGCGUACAUGUUCGCGACUGGCGCAAUCCUCACGGCAGCCUUGAUUCACAUCAUCCCCGAGUCGUUUGAGCGCUUUGAGGAUGCAGAGCUUGGCCUGCACGACCUUGGAAUCCACACCGGCGUCACCAUGCUCGCUGGUAUCACAGCCUCUAUCAUCAUUCGCGCGGUGUGCACGGCGGGCCACUCGCACACAGGCGCUCCGGCCACCGCCAAGGUUGUUGGAGCAGACGGAAGCCAGUCGAGGGGGCCGACCACGCCGACGAUCCCGGAGAAUCUGUGGGAGUUGGUCCAGCAGAGGAAGGGCAGGGCGUUGUUUGACUUCAAGGGGCUCAAGCCUAUCUGCUGGAAUGUGAUUGUCGGCGAUGCGGUGCACAGCUUCACCUGUGGCUUCACGAUCGGGGCGGCGUUCCUCAGCUGCGGCUCAACCAUGGGCUGGACUAUUACGGCGUCGACGUUGAUCCACGAGGUUCCCAGCGAGAUGGCCGACUUCGUCGCCCUCCUGAACGGUGGCAUGAGCAUCAAGCAGGCGCUCACCUGGAACUUGGCGUCCGGAAUUCCCGCCAUCCUGGGGGCGGUCCUCAUCCUGGGGCUUGGUGACCAGUUCACGACCUUCCAGAUCGCGAUCAUCCUCCUGUUGGGCGCUGGGUCCUUCAUCUUCAUCGGCCUCACCGAGCUGCUGCCGGAAGCCCUUUCCUCCACCGUUGACGGGAAGGGUCUGGGAGAUUCCUUGCGCAAGCUCGGGUCGUUCGCGUUCGGAGCGCUCGUCAUUGGCAUCCCCCUCAUGUUCCACGCACACUGCCACGCCGACGAGGGACACGAGGGCCAUGACCACUAAGCGCGAGCUGGUCGUGCACCGAAGCCUGUGCUUUCGAUUUUUUUUUUGAGUGCGUUUCAACCCUUUUUGCUCGGGGCUUCACUCCACGGGAAGGGUCGCUCAAUAUCCGGUUGGUCGGGAUGUUCGAAGAUUUUCAUGUUUCGCUGUUUUGUAUAUCGGAGGGAGCUUUCACAGCGCGAUUCGGGCAUUGGAGUCGGGUACGGGCCACCACGGGGUCGCGGACAGAACUCAUGCCGGUACCGGUGGGCCGUGCAUCUCGCUUUCGUAGAGCGCCCCAUUCAGCCGACGGGUGUGCUCCGUUAUGGCAUGCAUAGCAGUCGGAGUACACGCCCCCCCCCCCUCCCGGAGGGCAAAUUUCGAUUUCGGUUUUACGUAGAUUUGGUAUGGGGGGCUGCGUUUAGAACAAAAAGUCGUUGCACCCCUCAUUGCAGAGGGGUUUCUAUCCAAGGUGCCUCUUUCGCAAUUAUAUAAAAAUAGACCCCCCCUCGCCGCUCGGCCUCCGAUUUCGAUUCGUAGGCCUUGUGUAUGUGUCUUGAUUUUUUUUUUCGCGUGUACCCUUGGUGUUUAGUCGAUUCAGUAAUGAUAGUUAUAUGCUACGGUGAGCGUGGAAGUAGGCGCUUUACUCCAUGGUUCGCACAUCGGGUUUUGAUAAUGGCGGCUGUCAUGUCGUGUUGGAUGUUGCAGGCGCAGCGAACCCUCUUGUUUGGUACUUGGCAAGAUUCGUUGUGGGUACGGUAAACCUUAGCCAAGUAGGCACUACAGUAGGACUUGGUGCGCACGAUGGGUGUGAUGAAAUUUUCCGUUCGACGCGCGAUGUGUCGUUUUGGAUAUGUUAUGGCGCUGUACCCGGUUGCUUGUGCUUUAGGCUACCCAACAAUCGUGUUUCGUAGUACCCGCUUUUCGACCGUCGUAUGCUAGCAGCAGCACCCGUGAGCCUCUUGUUGUUUGACCAAGCUGGGCAAACUCUUUUGCUUGGUAGAAUGGCAUCGUGAUCGACCAUAGAUUUACUUGCGGGAGUGAGCCUUUGCAUAGUGCGCGCCAACCUAAGCAACCGGAAGCAUGUCUUUCGUUGCUUCCCUCGCGGGCUUGUGUAGGUUGUCUUUAUUAUCGUCGCACAUCCAAUAAGCGUGUUGUUGUUUUUGUUGUUUCUCACAUGUAAUUUUGCUCUAUAGUCUAGUCCACAAAAAAUGGGGAGCC